AGUUGAAAGUCAUAUGACAAAUUAAUCAAGUGUAUUAAAUGGCGCAAAACAUAUCAUUAUGUAAGUACAGGCUCCUGACAGGCAACAGAAUGUCAAGUUCGAAUCAAUUUCAUAUUUAUCAGAAACCAAUGAGCUAUUUGACUGAUAAUCCACAUUGAUUUCCGAUUGAAAUUUUUGUCCCAAAAGCGCAUCAUUUUGUUACGAGUUCCUUCUACUGGCAAUUAAUUAGCUAACUUACUGAUUAGGCAUGGAAAAGUCGAAGUUUCGUUAAAUUAUCAAUAACUUUUGUGACUUACUUUAAUUUGCCAUUCAAAAUCUAACAGUAACGACAGUAACAACGUGAAAAAUGCAAAUAUUCAACCCGAAAACAAAUAGUCGGUCUAUGAAAAAUUAUUAAAAUUAUCAGCACUACGAACACAAUUCCAUGGUAUUUGUUAUAUUGUAUAAUUCGAAUGCUGUGUCGCUAGGAGAGUAAUAGAAAACCUGAGAAAAAAAUGACAAGUAUUUACUUAAGACAAAUAGCUAAAAUGGAAAAAAAUGUGUCUAUUAAAACGACACUGCGGUAGUUCAAAAUGGUAUACGCAUUGUCUGAAAUUCAAUGAUUGCAAUUCAAAUAAAACUCUUAUAAAAUCAAAAAUAUUGGACGCAGCGCUUUUAAUACGGUUAAUUUCAGUCAAAGAAUAACAAAACUCUGCAUCUUGGUUAAUUUUCAAACAAAUCUCCCGUGAAGUUAUUAAAAAUUCAUCAAUGGAAGGCGUUUACUGGGCGGUCACGCCGUCUUAAACGAGCGGUUUAUAAAUAAGCCAAUGACAGCUCUUUGUUUACAUUAGCAGCCAAUCGUAUGUUUAUAAAUAGAUUCCCGCUGAGUAAGAACGCCCACGUGAGCUGAAGAAGAAAACUGUUCUCCGUCCCUGUCUUAUCCGGUACAUCCGCUCACUACCCGUCCAUUAUAUAUUUAAAACAAAACACUUUAUGAAAAAGUCAGAUAAUUUAUUUAAUUGAGAUUAUCCGAGUAUCCUUUUGACAAGCGUCAGUUGAAAUUGGAAAUUCACUGGGACAUGAAAUUAAAACUCGAAUGUAGCACACAGGUGUGCGUUUCAAGUGUUCAAAUUACACACGGUUUGAUAAGUAAUUCAUAUAACGGGGGAUCGUAAUAAAAUCCUAAAAUCCAAUUCAUUAUUGAAGUUUUCACACUUAGAAUAUAUUUGAAGAAAAAAUGAAUUAAUUUAGCUCGCAUAAGAAUCAGUGAGAAAGUGUUUCUUCUUCUACUGUCUACAGGAUAUGUCUAUGUUUUCAUCAAAUAAUUUGAAAUGAAGAACUUUUAUAACAAUAAACAUAAGUAUUCCAAAUCGAGUAAAAAAUAUCCAGCAAUCUUUCUUGGAAGGAAAUAGAAUAGUGCAAGAAUCGAAGUGAACUGAAAGACUGAAUUUGUAAAAGUGACGCACUCCGUUUAUAAGAGUGAAAGUGUGACUUUUAUAAAAGAAACAAGUUUACUUUGGCGUGUUUCUGCAACGCGAACGUGCCGAAUCAGUUAGCUGUGAUCCUCCAUUGGGCUGACGUUAUCAACUAGAACUUCAGGAGCGAAACGGUUACGGAGUCUUUUCUAAACAAGUUCUCCUUUACAGAACGUGCCUGUUUGACGGUUAGGGAAUUUCAACUUGAUUCACAGACCCAAGACAAAACGUGCCGUCGAUUGGAACUAAGCGACUUAACGUGAGAUCAGAAUUGUAGAAAAUGAAUUGACACCCAGUUAUUACUGUUGAUACGUGUUGUUUUGGUGUUUCUUAAAUUUGAUUUAUUGGACCUUGUUAUGUAAGGCGGAACUUAUAUAAAAUGAAGGAUAAAUCAAAGAACGCCGCACGUACACGGCGAGAGAAAGAAAAUGCGGAGUUUUAUGAACUGGCGAAAAUGCUGCCCUUACCAACCGCCAUAACUAGUCAGCUGGACAAAGCUUCAAUAAUCAGACUGUCUACAAGUUAUCUUAAAAUGAGGACAGUUUUCCCUGAUGGUUUAGGUGACCAAUGGGGAUGUGUGCCUUCCAAACAUAGAACUCCUUUGGAACGAGAACUUGGUUCUCACCUUUUACAGACUCUAGAUGGUUUUAUUUUUGUUGUUGCACCAGAUGGGAAAAUUAUGUACAUCUCUGAAACAGCUUCUGUACAUCUUGGUUUGUCUCAGGUCGAGUUAACUGGAAGCUCGAUUUAUGAAUACAUCCAUCCCAAUGACCAUGAUGAAAUGGCAGCCAUUCUUACAAUGCAACAACCGUGUAGUCCUCAUGUUAUACGAGAUUUUGAAGUAGAAAGGUCUUUCUUUAUCAGAAUGAAAUGUGUUCUUGCCAAACGAAACGCUGGUCUCUGCUCGGGUGGAUACAAGGUAAUACAUUGUAGUGGUUACCUGAAGGUCCGGCAAUGUCCGGUGGAGAUGUCGCCAUAUGAAACCUAUCUACAGAAUGUCGGCAUGGUGGCUGUCGGUCACUCCCUACCUCCCAGUGCAAUCACAGAAAUUAAAAUGUUCAAUAACAUGUUCAUGUUCAGAGCUAGUCUUGAUCUUAAACUUAUUUUCCUGGACGCCAGGGUGGCACAGCUAACCGGGUACGAGCCCCAGGAACUUAUAGAGAAAACAUUAUACCAUCAUAUACAUGUGUGUGAUAUCAUGAAUAUGAGAUUCGCUCAUCAAACAUUAUUAAUGAAAGGUCAAGUUACAACACGUUACUACAGGUUUAUGUGUAAAGAUGGCGGCUGGGUUUGGGUACAAAGUUAUGCUACAAUUGUUCAUAACAGUAGAUCAUCUAGACCACAUUGUAUAGUUAGUGUCAACUAUGUUUUAAGCGAUGUAGAAGCAGCCAAUUUACAAACCCAUAUAGAUCAAGCAGGCCAUAAAGAGGUAUCAGAGUUUGCUGUACACGACCGUCAUAAACUUGGUAAAUCUAGAACACCCAAGUCCAAACAGAGACAGUCACCAUACCCGUCACUUCCAGAAACUAGAGAUUACCAAACAGAAUUUGAACAUGGAUUCAAGGGUGAUAUAGACAUAGUAAAUCCAAUACAGGGCUUUCAGGGUAUUUCCUACUCACCUACGUUACUGAACAAUCCCCAUGAUGCAUUGCUCGAACGUUAUAAUGCAUUGUAUUCCAGUCACACUGGGUCGAACAUGGGACCACAUGCAUUUAAGGAUUGUGUUUACAGCUAUCCAUCUCAGCAGCCUCAUUUUGAUAGCGGACAAUAUAGGGUUGGUUGUGAUGAUGCCUUUACUCCAAGAGAUUCUGCAGAGUUUCUUCAUCUUCAUACAAACGCUGAUGAAGAACCUAAACUGAAUGAAACUAUUCAUUUGACACCGUUAGCUCGUGAAAUUAGAUCAAACGGAACAUGUUCUAGAAGCAGCAGUCGUGGUGAGUCAUUCGGAACACCUCUGCUGCAAGAAGUGCCAAGCAAUAGAUCAGAAUCGUCAGUAUCUGAUGUUGAUGUUCUUUCUGAAGAUAUUGAUGUUUCCAAAACAGACAAUCUGAAAACUGCAAAGACUAAAGAGUGUCAAAAUGUGCCAACAGAAUCAGUUCAACAAUCCGUCAUUAUGAGAAUGCCAAAUCAGAGUCAGUCACCGUAUUCAUUGUCACCUAGAUACAGUUGUGAUUUCAACAAAUCAAAUUUGUCGAAAUCACCACGCGCACAUCACGCGGAAGUGUUAAAAUAUCCGUCCGAGACGGAAAAUAGUCCAAAUUCAAACUUUUUUGUAGAUGAUAAUACGGAGAAAUUUUACGAUGGGAUUAAACAAUUUAGUGCAAAGGGAUUUGGAGAUGAUCCACUAAUGCAAUGUUUAAGGAGCGGGUAUACCCCUUACGAAGGUUAUAAUCAGGGUGGUCUGUACACGGGCACGGGGCUUCAACCUAAACCAUACAAUGUUGUACCUCAAGCUGGAUAUACCAGCGUCAUAGUCGAUACCAACCAGUAUCAGAUGGCAAAUGGUUUCGUUCAUUAGCUGUUUCUUUCUUACAAAUAUUCAAGAUUGUUUACUCUCGAUAAAUGUGCUCCCAUGUAUUACUGUUAGACAAAGUACACAAUCUUAUUAUACUUUUCUAAAAUGUAUGUUUUGGAUAUGGUAUAAAAAUGUAAUUUUGAUAGACAAGUUAUUUCUUUAAAAGAAACAACACUUGCUUAUCUCUGUGACACAGGUCUAAGAUGUUUAUAUUUUCAUUAAAGUAAAGAAAAUUUGUACUUUUAUAAUUAUAUAGAAUUUUAUAAAAAAGACAUUUUCAAAAUUUCAGACCAUUUCCCCCAGAAAGUCUUUACGAAUACUUACAAACAAUAAUGUAAAUGGUUAAGUUCCAAUAAACCACACAAAUAUUACUCUUUCCUAGAUUGAUGUAAGGAUUGUCUCCUUUUAGAAAAAGUCGUUAAUGUCAUAUUUAAGAAUAUUCUUAGAAGGUGAAAAUGUUUGUCAGGGAUGAGGACAGUUGUAUUUCUUUCAGACAAAUUUUGCUAUUAUCAGUACACAUAUUCAUUUUCUAGAACCGGAUGAGAGUGGCUUUCUUUGGCUACACACAACACCGUUAAAGGUACAUUAUGCCUCAGAAAUUCAUUUUUAAUAAUUUUUUUAGAAAUGUCAAACAUGUGUUUAAUAACGUUCUUAUAAUUGAUUUAGAGCAUGUAAGACGUUUAACAGCUGAAGACAGUAGCGCUGAAUGUGCAGUACUGUAGUCAUCUAUAUGACAAAUAUGUACUUUUUGGAAACUAUAACAGGAUACCAAAGAAAAAAAGUGUUUUUGCUUUUAAGAAAUAAAAAUGGUAGCAUUUCGGAAUCAUAAUGUAAUGGGCCUUUAAAGGAAAGUACAGCCGUAAUAACAAUUUAAGGGAUAAUUCACAUGAAAUAUUUAGAGCAUUGUGUGGGGGGUAUUUUACUAUUACAAUAUAUAUCAAGAACAGCAAGCAUUUUCAUUCUGUGAUAAAAAGGGACAUCGUAUAUUUAAAGUGAAUAAUGUAUAAAAAGCUCAAAAAAUCUACGUCGGAAAUAACAUCAAUACUAUCUAAUUAAAAAUAUACUUUGGCCAAUAGCUAAAACGGGAAAUAGCAAUAAUUUUAACGUGAAAUGAAAUAAAGGUAAUUUCCUGUGUUAUUGAAAUUAAUUUGAUAAAUACUGAAUACGACUUUGAUUGAAGCUUGAUAGAAAUGAAAAUUAAUUUCUUAAAAAAACUGAGUGCUUACUAGUCAGUGGCAGUGUUUAAUAUGUAGAAUUAAGUCUACAGUAAAAUUACUGAUAUAUACAUGUAUUACAGUAGUACGUUUUAAAACAAAAUAUGUGAGAAUUAAGCAUAUGUUAUUAUUAAGAUAAAAAUGUUUUAAUCCAUUGUUGAGUAUGGUUAAAAUUGCAUUUUUUAACCAAAUAAGUAAUAAUAAAUGUGGGUAUUUUGUAAUAUUUGAAUUUAUACGUUUACUAGAACAAUCUCGGGUGUCAGGGGGAUACAUUAAUGUAUCAUCAGCUUUUAUAUAUCUAUUGUAAUUGCCAAAAAAAAGAGAAACAAACAAAUAACAGUACUGGUAUCUAUUUUUCUGUUUUCUAGAUCUAAAAAAUUAUUUUUGUAACCCGAAUAACUCCCAAUGCUUGUAAAUGUUUUGUUUCCAUUUUAUUUCAAAGACACGAAUACUUUGAAUACAUAAAUAGUAUAUGUGUGUUUAUUGUCUGCCUGCAGUUUACUAUUCUCUAUCUUGAUCUAAACAGGAAAAAAAACAUACAGAAUAAGACCAAUAUUUUUUUCUGUCCAGUUUAUGUGUGUUAUAUAAUUACUGGUGAAACAAACCUGUGUUAGCCAACCACCUGCCAAUGAAAACCUAGUAUACCGAUUUAUAAAAAAUGACGUUUUACAUAUAAAAUAUGCUAUUGUCUGUAUACAUAUAUAUUACUUGUAUGAAAUCAGAGUAACAAUCAGAGAGCCAUGUUUUGUUGUGUGUAUCACGUGUCUAUAGCUGUGUUUAUUUAUUCAGUGGUGCUAAUAUGCAUAAAAUUAUCAUUUUAAAAUGAGUAAUUUAUUUGUUACAGAUCAUUCUAUGAAAAUUGUUUAUAAAUAAAAGAAAUAAAACUUGAACAACUA